CAACGACACGAAAUCGAUAAGUACGCAGGAAAAAUCAGAUAUUUUCUGACAGUGCGACCGAAUUUUUCGCUGACGAAAUUUCCUAUGUUGGUGAAGAAUAUUGCAUUUUAAGACAAAAAUAGAAAUAAAAUAAAAAAUAAAAUUCAAAUAAGAGUAGAAGAAAAGUGUGGAUAUCUACAGUGCUAAGGAGAAGUAUUUAAAAAGAAUUAUAUUUAAAUGAAAAAACAACAACACAACGAAGUGGAUAUGUCGAAGAGAAGUUUAUCAUGCCUCCAUUUAAUUUGAAAGAAGUCUGCUAUUAGGAAAAAGUAAAAACAAAAAUCAAUAAUAUUCGAUCAACUGCGGCAUCAACGCAUUAACAAAACAAAAAACAAAAAAAUAGCAUAUAUAUACAUUUAUCGGGGAAACAAUUCUUAAGAUACUUUGAAGUGAUUGCACUGAGUGCAAUUACGAAAAAACACUCGAAAAUGCAGCCCCCGCCACGCAAGGGAAAUUAUGUGAAAUUCUUGAAGAAUUUACACACAGAGCAAGUGGCCAAGUUGCAAUUAAAAAACCAACAUGAAUGCGAUCUGCUCGAGGACAUUCGACAAUUCACCAUCAAACGGUCUGCCAUCGAAAAAUCCUAUAGUGAGUCGUUGCUGAAAAUUUCUUCGCAGUAUUUGAAUAAGAAAAUACCGAAUAUACCGGACAUAAAAAUGGAGGGCAUGGAGGAGCGGUGGAACAUGUGGAGCGUUUGGCGUACGGUACUCGAAGAGAACGAAAAGCUCGCACGCGCUCGCCUCGCUGCCAUCGAAGUAUUCCAACAGCAAAUAGCCGAUGAAGCUAAGGUGUUGCGUGAUUACAAAUUGGCAAUUUCAAAAAGAUCACUCGCACAAAUAGUCAACGUACAAAAGGAACUGCAUCUCAGUGUUUCCGAUGUGGAUAAGACAAAGAAACAGUAUUUCGACGAGGAGCAUUGUGCCCAUGAUGUACGCGAUAAGGCACGCGACAUUGAAGAGAAACUGAAGAAGAAAAAGGGUUCAUUCUUCCAAUCGAUAACAUCGCUGCAAAAGAAUAGCGCACGCGUCACGUCUCGCAAAGAAUUGUUGGAAGAGAAGUCGACUGGCGCACGCAAUGACUACAUACUAAGUUUGGCCGCAGCGAAUGCUCACCAGAAUCGUUACUUUACAGUUGAUCUGCAGACAACGAUGACUACUAUGGAGAAUUAUGUGUUUGAACGUGUAGCCGAGUACCUGACAUUGAUGGGCCGAACUGAAUUGCUCACCUGUUCUGCCACACAGAACUCGUUCGGCAAGAUUCGUGACCAGGCACAACAAUUGACGCGCGAAUAUAAUUUGCAGUGCUGCUACCUAUUCUAUCCGGUACUAAAGCAACAUAUUCAAUAUGAUUUCGAGGCGUGUGAUAAUGAUCCAGUACGAAAGAUUACCAUCGAACACGAAUCGGCAUCAGAAACGCUCACGAAAGAGGCUAAAAAUUUGGCAGGUCGUGUGGUGAAAGAGAACUUGGCUAUACGUGAGGCAGCUAAGAAAUUGGCCAUUUGUGUUUCCCUACGUGAUUCGGGACAACGCAGUGAUCCAAACGACCCGAAUGGUCCAGAUUUGGAUACAAAGAUUGAGGAGUUUAGGGACCUAAUAAGACGCUCUGAAACGGAGAAAGCUAAGGCAGAGGCAUGCCUGCAGUGUUUGCGUGAAGGUGGUAUUAAUGUUGACGAAUGGGUACAAGAGGCCGAGAUAAUGGGCGUACAGGAAUUGGUACGAUCCGCAAGCUCUAUCUCUAUGCGCACAGAUGCUUCGGGUGAAGGGGAAAAUCCAAGUUCAGACUCAUUCUAUGACAGUGACAAGGAUGACGCGACUGGCGCACAGGUGGGAGCUGCGGCCAAAUCAAAGGUAGAGAAAGAGUUGUCCCGCGACAAGACGUUUAGUGAUAGCGAAGAGGAGGUUGAAGAACGUGUACCCGAACCAAUUGCUGCAGCUCCAGUGAUGGCUAGUUCUACUGGCUGGGAUGAUCCAACAGAAGUCAACUGGGGCGGCGAAGGGGAAGAAAAGGAUGAAUCUAUUAUUCCGGAGCCAAAGGAGGCUAUCUUUAAAUGCACAGCACUGUAUAGCUACACAGCUCAAAAUCCAGACGAACUAACUAUUGUCGAGAACGAACAACUGGAGGUGAUUGGAGAAGGUGACGGUGAUGGUUGGCUGCGCGCUCGGAACUAUCGCGGCGAGGAAGGCUAUGUGCCGCACAAUUAUCUGGACAUCGAACAGGAUACUGCCCUUAACGGUAGCUCUGGCAAUCAAUUGCGUUCACAAAUCUCAUUCUCUUCUGUCGAUUACACUGUUGACAAUGAAGAUCAAACAGUGGACUCGAUGCAAUCACCGGACCAGGUCUCCGUCAUUAUGGCGCCUCAGAAGAAGAAGCCUGACGUACUCUAUUGCAUAGCACUGUACGAUUACGAUGCCACCGCUGAAGAUGAGCUUACCUUUGAGGAGGGUCAAAUUAUUAAGAUCAUCACAAAGACGGCACAUGGGGUUGACGAUGGCUGGUGGGAGGGCGAAUUAGAUGGUAAAUUUGGUAACUUCCCAUCCUUGGUGGUUGAAGAAUGCGACGAGAAUGGCGAGGCGUUAUCGGAAGGUGGCGAUGAGUCACCACCACCGACCGCGCCACCCAGUUUUGCGCUUCCACCCGCACCAGCACUACCGCCCGAAUAUGCACACGAAUUGACUGAGGAUAUGUUUGAAUCGCAGGAGACAGCAGACGAUGACAGCGGCUACAUACCGAACGGUGGUGCACCUAGCAUGCCUCCACCAGCUUCUGUUUUCCAAGUGCAAAGUAAAAAAGCCAGCGUCAAAAAGGUACUCAUACAAGAGCCUGGAAUGGAGGACGAUAUAAGCGACGAUGGUAAUUCGCCACCAUCGCUGCCGCCACCGGCUUUAAAUAUCUGCUCCAGCAAGGAAGGUAAUUCACUAAAUUUAGGUAUGGCACAAAUAAUUGUUACUGCCGCAACCCCAAUGGUUGAAGAUGGCACAGAUAAAUCUUUCCCUCCGGUAGGAGAAAGUGAUGGAGGCAGCGCAGACGCAGCAACUGCGAAAACUGCUAGCAGCGACGAUGGCAAGCCAGUUAAGCAGAAAAAGGUGGAACCGAAGCAAUUGGCACAAAUAGCGGCCGAUGAAAAUGAAAAUCACGAAGACGAUACACAUUCAUCCGAUCAGGAUCCCGACUCCGAAGUGAAGACUUUGCAAGAGGCUGAAGAUCCAUUCAAUGAAAAGGGGAGCGUUGAUGCUGGCAAUGGAUUUGAGGCGAAUUUCGAGGCAAAUUUCGACGCAAACUUUGAUGAUGCUUUCGCCGGUGGUGCACAGUCUGCCGAUUUGAAUGCCGAACCGAGCGUUGAUGAUGUGCAAGCGCCCAAGCAGGUGGUGGGCGGACGUGCAAGCAUACCCGAAGAAUUGGACUCAAAUCAAUUGGCACGAUUGCAGAAUCUAAAAGAAUCAAAUGCUUAAAGAAAGCUUACGAGCUAAACAUACAAACCUGGAAGGAUUUAGACAACGUAAACGAAAGAAAAUUUGCAUCACCGUUGCAUUUAAAUACAAACAUACUCAUAUAUAAUAUUUAAAUAUGCACUGAGGCAAAAGUAAAUAACCAUUAAUAGUGUAUGGGUAACGUGAAUGGUAUAAAGGGGCAAUACAAAGAAAUGAGUUAAGCAAACACCGAAUGGGAAAACUAAAUAUGAUAAAAAUACUAGCAAGCAAGUACUUAUUAUACUUCUACUUUAUUGCAUACUGAAAGGUUUGAUGGAAAUUUAGUUUUCUUCAAAAUAUAAGGUGUAUGUAUGUAUGUUGCAACUCUACACUCUAAAGUAUUCUUGUGAUGAAUAUGCUUCGUACUAUAUAAGUAUAUUUACAUACACACAUUCUGAUAAGACAAAUUAGAAAAGCAUUAUGAAGAUAAUUAAUGCCAUGUAUUGUGACCCUGCAGGAAAAUCUUAAAGUACUGAACUUAGAGAGAGAGAGAGAGAGAGAGAGAGAGAGAACUUAACAUACGAGUUUUAAUAUAACAAAAAUUGGAUGAAAAUGGCAAAUUUAAAUUUAAAUGCGAUGUUGAAGUGAAGUUAACGGUAAACUACAGUUAAGGCUAGGUGGUCAUCGGUUAUUAUGCUCUUAUGCAUACAUACUUGUUUUUUAUAUAUGUACAUGCCUCAAAUAACGGAAUUUCCAUAACAAUUUUGGACUUCUAAUGCAUUUUAAAAUGAGUUAUAACUUUUACGAGUUCAUGGGUAAUUUUUAAAAUAAUUGAAUUCAAUCAACUUCCACUUCCAGCCCGACUCGAACCAGCAAAGUACUGUAGCAAUAACGAUACAGUACUACUACUGCGUAACGAUCGUGUUUUCUGGUACAGCCGAUUGUUUGCAUUUAUUUUUCGGAUUUGUCAUCGUCACUGUCGGCAACAGUUGCUCCUUGCAAAAAACAAGCGCAGGGUUUGCUAGUGGCAAAAUCGUAAUAACUCUCAAUUAGAAAUUACUUUUACUAGCUGAAGUUUUUCCUGCUGGGAGCAAACGAUUAUGCUCGUAUGCACGCUCUUAAAACUCUUGAGUGCAUUCGCUUACUUAAACCUCCACUUGAAUUGAACUACAAUUAGGGAAAACUGUUAAACUUAACUACUCUAGGCAUACGUGAAUAAAUUCAAAAACACUCACACCGUUUUUAUCAAUUUUCCUACAUGCGUAUGUAUAUUAGAAAAGCAACUACUAGAGGGGCGCGCAAAAAUAUUCCAGAGUAUAAAAAAAAAUAUUUGGUUUGCUAUUAUUGUUGUACAAUUUCUUAGUAAAAUUGAAUAAAAAUGCCUUCGACUUAAAGUAAAAUAUGUAAUGUAUUAUUUUUCACACCACUGUAGUUAUAGUAAACUCACGAAUGUAUUUCAACAAAUGUGCUUAAUAUUAUUAAUAUUAUAUAUGGUUACGCUCUCAUAAAAUACACAUAAAUACCUAUAAAUUUACUUAUAGUUAUACACAAGAAAUGAAGAAAAAAAAAAAACAAGAAAAAAAUAUAAACGAAAAAUCCUGAU